AUGGGUGCCUUUGAGAUUGGGGAGCCGCGCUUCGACAGUGGAAUGAUGUCUGAGAACCCACCAGCCGAAUUCAGGCCCUUGAUGCCCCUGUUUCCACAGGAAGUGUGCUGGAUCAUGGACAGGAUAUUUGCUUGCGAGAUGGAAUGGCACGUCGGAUAUACACUUUCUCAGACAAUCUUCAGCUGCCACUAUGUGCACAACUUGCACUACAUCGAUCCCGAAUUCGUCGACCCAGCUGCCAUCACGAUUGACCUCUCACACUCGUCUGAUGCGCCAACCCCACGUUUCGACGAAUCCCAUCCUCCAGAACUAGUUACCCGUGUCCUGCUUGGCUCUGUGAUGGCGUUGCUCAAGUGCUGUGACCUCGUGUGGCGAGAGCUUUCCAAGGAUAACAUCAUUGACACAGAAGACUGGCAGAGCGAGAAAUGUGACGUCUCCAUGAAGGAGGGCUAUCCUGUUCGACACAUUCUCAACCUGCUGGACGCCGGUAUUUACUGGGUGGAAACCUAUCAGACCAGCGACCCGACAUGGGGAGACGCUCGCGAAGCUUUGCUAUCGAGGCUUCGAUUCCGCAAGCUACCUCAGCUUCUCCUACAAAUAUUCGACACGCUCCUCUCGAAAUCCUACUUCUCCCUCGAACCACUAAUUGCCUCCGCCCGUGCCGAACUCCGCAUUCUCCGCAAGACGCACACCGAGCCUUCACCCGAGUCCCCCGCUAGAACCGCCUUCGAUCCCCAGCUCGCACGAUCGCUGAACUCGUUUAUACCCCUGCAUGUCAUCGAGAUUUCGACUCAGAACGCAACGUGGGAUAAGAUGGAGGCGUGGCUGGAAGGGCUCAGCGAGAUGGGGCUGUUGGCGAGUACGGAGGACAUAUCCACUUGGGAGAUAGUGGGACAUCUUCAGACGUGGGUACCUGAUCCGAACCGGCUGAGGCCGUAUGUCCGUUCUGCCACUAUCUCCGCGUUCUCCGACGGCGUCCUCAGGAUAGACCGAGACCCACACAAAUACCUCCUCGAAGAGUGGCUCUACGAGCGCCUAGAUACCUCCCUCGGCACGUUUCAAGAAGCGCUAAGCACCCGUUGGCGCGCAGCGGGGCAGCCCCUCAUGUCCGAUUUGCAGGAGCCCCUGAGGCAGCUCCUCGCUGCACACAUCAAAGGCUCGUGGUACAACGGCCCGCGCCGCCGGCGACACUACAUGAAGUCGCUUGUGCACUGGCACGAGCUAUGUGUCACCCUGCAGCAUGUCUCGAGCUGCAUUGAGCCCGUUCAAGGUGCAGAUGUCGUCGUCCAGGUCUCGCGCCUCGCGCUCUCGUAUAGGUUGAGCAUCAUCCGCGAGAUCAUUUUCUCAGGCUUCCAGCUGGAGUUAUAUAACGCCGAAGAACGCGUGUUCGCGUAUUGGUACGCUGUGCAGGUUAUCGGUGCAAAUUUGGAGGUGUGGCAUGCCAUGCUCGUGGGAUUGGGCGAGGGCAAGCAAGACACGAAAGCGGCGCAAGAGCUGAAAUGGCAGAUUGGCUUCUUCAGAGCUGUCCAGGCGCUCUCAAGUGCCAUUUUUGCUGUAACGCUCAAGCAGCUGAAAUCUCCAUGGGAGCGCCUACAGCUCAACUGCGCACGGCGGUACAAGUGGGCGUCUGUGGACGAGUACGAUGAUUCGGACAUUGCGCCUACGGGCCAUCCGGAUUUCUGGGGAUUUACGCGGGCGUGUCAGGCCAUAAUACAGGACGAGGCGUUCUCCCCCGCGGCCUGCGUCGCAGACGCCAAGCAGAUGACCACCGAGCUUUCGAAUGGAAGAUGUGGGGGAUGGGCUGGGAGGUGGUGCAGUGAUCGUCUACAGUUUACGCGCCGGCUGAUCGACGUAUGUGAUGGCCUCUCCGGCCUACCAGAAAACAUGAAGGAGGCCGCUUCGUUCGAUCCAUCAUACCUGAAAUGGGACCUAGCGGUGCAUCCUUGGUUCCCAAAACUCGUGCAACCGUCGUCUUGA